AUGGAGCCAUCUCAGAAUAACGUCAGUCGGGCACCUGCAGAGGCUCGUUCUCCGGGUGUUCAGAACGGCGCAGAUUCAACAUUUGUUCGACCACCUCUUAAUAGAGCAGACUCCCGUUCGUCUCUAUCAUCUCCGUCACCGCGGCCAGUUGGACCUCAACAGAGACCGCAAUUUUAUCCGGGCGGAUCAGUAACAAACUCACCACUGGGACCACGUCCCGGAACGCCGACACCGCGUGGUCCACUCCCUGCGCAAGGUCCUCAACUGAUUCGACAACCACCGCCGCAGUUUCGUCCGGGUGGUCCACAGUCCAUAGCUCCACAACAAGGACCGCGGCCUCAACAAAAUAUCCCUCAGACUCAACGGCCUCCUGUCCCAAACAAUUUGCAAUUCGGUCCGAGGCAACCUCCUCAAUUUGGCAGUGCUUCUACACCGGAUGGUUCGAGGCCAAAUAUAAAUACACAAUCAAACGGUUUUCCUAAACCACAACAACCGAGCGGCGGAAACCCUGGUCAAAUAUCAAGACAGUCCUCCCAAAGCUCUUUAAAUAACUCCGAGUUCGCUGUACCUCAAAACAAACCAGUCAAUCUGGAUAACCAAAAUCAUUCAAAUGAAAAUCAAAAUGCCAACAAGAUUGAAAGCAACAUUGAAACAGUUGGGGCGCCAAAAGGGCGUAGUUUUAGCAUUGCAGCAGCACCUGGAUCGCCGAGUCCUUUAAAAAUGGACGACGAUAGGCGUAAAUCUUUAAGCGUAGUGGGUGGUCGAUAUGACGAUGUUACAGGUCGAAAUUCUGGUCUAGGUCAGAUUCAAGAGAGUAUCGGUAGUAGAGAUAAUAUUCGUGGAUCAAAAGAGAGCGUACGGUCAGAAGCUUCUAAUGAUGGUAGCCGAGACAUAAUUGAUCGUCCUGAAAUACGUUUAGCGGGAGCUAAAAUGACAGAAUCGUUUAUGGGCUCUAUUUCUAAUUUGGCUUCAAAGAAAAGGAAUGAUGAUGACGAUGACGUCGUGUUACAAAACAAACUAGGUCCGGCUAAAAAUGACGGUCAGCAAAAUAAGACAGAUUUAUCUGAUCGUUCACCGUCACUAACAAGAAGCGAUGAUUCACCAGAACCUAAAAACAAUUCACAAAUUUCUGUUCAGUCGAAUAAAUCCCAAAGCGUAACUCCCGAACCACAAAGACCAAAGACGCCUAAAAUUGAGAUUAAACAAGACUCGCCUGAAUUCAAGAAAGCUCCGAGUCCAACAGUAAAUAGACCAAUGUCAAAAUCGCCACUGCUUGAAUCAAAAUCACCCGUGCCUGACAAUAAAUCUCACACACCCUUGAAAAAGAAACCUGCUGAACUAAUAACGUCUCCGCAAGCACCAAAUGAUUCGAAAAAAUCCACUCCUCGGAAAGUAGCUUCAGCCCCUAAGUCUAGAGCGAAAGAUGGAGACAAUGAUAGUGGUGUUGAUGAAUCAACUCAAGGAAACGAUGUAAAUGGAUCUCCUGGUUCACCUAACAAGACCCUACCAAGUAAACUACCGACAAAAGAAAAAUCAAGUAGCAGUCUGAAACCAAGCUUGUCCCGGUCUUCGAGCAAAAGUGCCACAGCAAAGACGCCAGAAACACCACAACCGACAGAUAAGAAAAAAGUUCCCAUGAAUAAAGUUCAAGUGGGCAGCGCACCAUCACCCAACAUCAAAGCUGUGAGGUCUAAGAUCGGAUCUUUGGAUAAUACGACAUACAAACCAGGUGGAGGAAAAGUGAAAAUUGAGAACAGAAAACUCGAUUUUAACAACGCUGCCCCCAAAAUCGCAGCCAAAAAUGACGCCUAUACCCCUAGCGGCGGCACAAAGAAGAUAACAUCUACCAAGCUCGAAUGGAACGCGAAAUCAAAAAUUGGAUCUCUUCAAAACGCAGCCUAUAAACCAGGAGGUGGAGAUAAGAAGAUUGAAACAGUUAAACUGGAUUUCAAAGAAAAAGCUAAGCCGAAAGUUGCUUCUACUGUUAACAUUACCCAUAAACCGGGUGGCGGAGCUGUAAAGAUCGAAAACCAAAAGUUGGAAUUCAAAGCACAAAGCAAAGUGGGUUCCCUUGACAACGUGAAACACAAACCUGGAGGUGGUGACAUCAAAAUAUUCGAUGAUAAAGAUUAUAUAAAGCAGAUCGGAGGUCAAUCCCCUCUUCCCAACAGUCACGGCCAGUCGAGGCAGGAGAGCCCCGUGCCUCCAGCUGCGCAACCUCCAAAGGCAGACGAGAAUCUGAAUGAGCAACAGAGUUAA